AUGAAAGCAAUAGAUGAUGCCAUCCAUGACGGCGUCGACGUCUUAUCGCUGUCCAUAGUCAACCUGUUGGGGCACCUCCCUGCGUUUCAUGCGGUGGCAAAGGGUAUACCGGUGGUAUAUGCAGCUGUGAAUUUUGGACCGUAUGCCCAGAUGGUGGGUAACGUAGCUCUGUGGCUGCUUACGGUUGCAGCAUCAACGGUGGAUCGGUUGUUUCCUAUUACUAUCACUCUUGGAAAUGGCCAGACACUUGUGGGACAAUCCUUGUUUGCCGAUAUGGAAAGAGCGAAUCAGUUUCAGAAGAUCAAGCUCUAUAUGAAUGGCAUGUGUAACUUGACUCUUGCAAACAGUACAGAUGUGAAGGGGAAUAUUGUCCUUUGCUUCAGUAUAACCUCUGUUUUCCCGGUUGCUCAACUGUAUGGGUUAGCAACUGCAGUGAUCAAGAACGGAGGAGAGGGUUUUAUCUUCACGCAGCAAAAUUCGGACCUUCUUGUUGCCUGGCAGUUUCAUGCCAUGUCCAUCCCAUGUGUUUCUAUUGAUUUAGAGGUUGCCUACAAGAUAAUUCAGUAUUUCAGUACCAGUCAGGAUCCGGUAGCAAAGGUUUCUUUAAGUCGAACAACAAUUGGAAGUGGAUUUCCUGCUCCAAAGAUUGCAGCUUUCUCAUCAAGGGGUCCAAGCUCCGUCUAUCCUGCAGUGCUCAAGCCUGACAUUGCUGCACCGGGGGUGAAUAUUUUAGCAGCAGCGCCACAGGUUGGUGUUUACAAGGAACUGGGGCUCUACUUCUUUGAUUCAGGGACAUCGAUGGCUUGCCCACAUGUAUCCGGCAUUAUAGCUGUGCUCAAGUCACUCCAUCCAGACUGGUCACCUGCUGCUUUCAAGUCAGCACUCAUGACAACUGCAUACAUUACAGACAACAAUUGUCUCCCAUUACUAGCUGAUGCAACCCCAAAUAAGAUUGCAGAUCCUUUUGAUUAUGGAGCUGGGUUUGUCAAUCCAACUCAGGCGAAUGAUCCUGGACUUAUAUACGAUAUUGAUGCUUCGGAUUACCAAAAGUUGUUCAGUUGCAUGCUUGGGUCAGAUACAAACAGUAGUUGUAUAGCAACUGAGAAAUCUUUGUUUGACCUGAAUCUCCCAUCAAUCGCCAUCCCCAAUCUCAAGUCAUCAGAAACGGUAUCAAGGACUGUCACCAAUGUGGGCCAAGCUGAUGCAGUGUAUAGAGCAUUUGUUGAGCCCCCUGCUGGAGUUGAUAUGCUGGUCAAACCCAUGGUUUUGGUGUUUGGCAAGGAUACAACCUCACAGUCUUUCAAGGUGAGCUUCAAGGCAAGACGAAAGAUCCAAGGCGAUUACUCAUUUGGUAAUUUGGUGUGGCACGAUGGAGGCAGCCACUGGGUCCGAAUCCCGAUAGCGGUCCGUGUUAUCAUUGAAGAUCUCUAUUCAACUGUCUCCUAA